UAAAUGAAUAAACCCAUUACCAAAUCGUAGGUAGACAACCCUAGCUUUAAAUUCUACAACCUACUGCUUAUCCUUUCUCAAAUAUAACAACUCAACCAUAUUCAAUGGCUACCAUGUUUUGAUUUAAAUACUGAUAUUUAUUUGCACUAUUUAUUUAGAUCUGAUCCGACUUCUACUAAAUUUUUCUUAAUUUCAUUCAUAGGUAAUAUUCUAAUAUCUACUUAACCUUGUUUUAAAUUAUGCAGCUUCAUCCUAACAGUUGAAGAUGAAGUUUAUUCAUUCGGCCAAAAAAUUUACGGUGCAAUCUGAUUGGUCUCUUGUCAGAGUUAUAUUUUUCUUUUCAACGACCGUGAUUUCCUUGAUUAAAUAUGUUCCCAAGGCACUGUUACUGAACGAGUAUGAUCUUCACGGUUGGAAAACCAAGGUGUGUGCUAAGCGGAAAAACAUUCCCGGAAUGAAGAAAUAUCGUGGGAGAAACACCUACGUAUUGGAGUCCAUGAGGCCAUCUCCAGUGUAUCGUAGACCUGGUUAUGGUUGAUAUUCAAAAUGUAAUGGAUGCAUCUGCAAGUCUUGAUCAUUCAUGUCUUCCAUCACAUGUGAUAGGAACAGAGAUGAUAUACACAGCUAGAGGAAGACAACAUUUGUUUGAUAUAGAUCAAGAGGAAGACAACAUUUGUGUGAUAGGAACAUAGAUGAUAUGUACAACAAAAAAUGACAACAGUUGUAUGAUAGGAAUAAAGAUGAUAUACAUAAUACGAAGAAGACAAUACUUUGUUUGAUAAGAACACAAAUGAUACAUACAACAAUACGAAGACAACAUUUAUUUGAUAGAAACACAAAUUAUAUAUACAACUAUAGGAAAAAGUAUUUCACUGUUUUAUUUUAUUUUAUUGUCUUAAGGUUAAAUAUAAAGACAAUUCACAUGUACUCUAAGUUCGCGUUUUGAGAUCAUGUUGAAUUUUUAAAAUUAAGGAACAAGUUAUUAAA